AAAGUAUGAUCGAUUGUUGAUUUUUUCUUGUUUUAGGGCAUUAUGCUAAACAGUUAAAUUGCCCUCUUUAUGGUUCUACAUUUUGCAUACAUGUCUGCCACGGUAGUUGCAUCCAUAUCAUUUAACAGAUUCCCCAUUCCAUUACUCUUUGAUAGAUGCCCGUAGGCAGGGAGAAAGCAGGGAAAGGUUUCCAAGUCUUGCUUUAUACCUGCCAAUUGCAUUUGCUCGAAAACUUUUAGAUACUUUUCAACAAAUCUAAUUUGUGAAUAUUUUGCAAUCGUUGUUGGCCAUGAGAUCACGUGUUUGAGGCAUUUUGUCAAAUGAUUUGUGUACCCUUUCUACGCUUCCACAUUUUUCUAACAUAUCUACAAGGGCGAUUUUAACUACAACAUCUAACACAAUUUCUCUACCCUUUGUCCAUACCCUUUUCAGAAGCUUUCAUUUUGCGACUAGCAUGGAGGAUGUUUCAGAAGGAUUGAUGGUUGAUCCUUGUUAGGGAUGGCGAAGAGGCCAUUCUAAAAAUUUGCCUACUCAUUAACCAAAGCUAAGAAGGAUGGGUGAUUUGGAGAUAGACAAGCAUGCACGAUACAUCAAUUCUCUUGAAAAGAAAAAAGAUUUCAGUUCAAUGGUAAUGGAACACUUGAGAAUGGGUGGUGCAUAUUGGGGUCUAACGUCAUUAGAUCUCAUGGGGAAGAUUGAAGAUGUGGAUCAAGAAGCUGUUGUUUCUUGGGUGCUGCAGUGCCAGCAUGAUUGUGGUGGAUUUAGUGGAAAUAUUGGGCAUGACCCUCAUAUUUUGCAUACCUUGAGUGCUGUUCAAAUAUUGGCCCUACUUGACAAGUUAGAUGUUAUUGAUGCAGACAAGACAGCAACUUAUAUCAUGGGAUUGCAACAGGAGGAUGGAUCCUUUGCAGGUGAUGAAUGGGGAGAAAUUGACACACGGUUUUCUUACUGUGCAGUUUGUUGCUUGUCAAUUUUACAUCGACUAGAUAAGAUUGAUGUUGGAAAGGCCAACCAAUAUGUUGCGAGUUGUAAAAAUUUUGAUGGUGCAUUUGGGUGUACUCCUGGUGCAGAAUCGCAUGCAGGUCAAAUUUUCUGCUGUGUUGGUGCCCUUGCAAUAACAGGUGCCCUAAGUCAUGUGGAUAGGGAUCUUCUUGGAUGGUGGCUCUGUGAACGGGAAUUAAAAACUGGAGGUCUUAAUGGGCGACCUGAGAAACUUGCAGAUGUGUGUUAUUCUUGGUGGGUUUUAUCAAGCUUGAUCAUGAUUGAUCGAGUACAUUGGAUAGACAAGGACAAACUCAAGAACUUCAUCCUAGAUUGUCAGGAUAAGGAGAAUGGGGGUAUCUCAGAUAGGCCAGAUGAUGCUGUGGAUGUAUUCCAUACAUUCUUUGGCAUUGCAGGUGAAAUGAGGAGUACCAUCAUCGGAGUACCAUCAUACGAAAAUACAUGAUCAUUGGAUUAUUAUUGUUUGAUGAAUUGUGUGUGGGACAAGCUAUGCUUCUGGGAAGUGGUGUCAAAUGUGGAACAACAGAGAAGGAUGAUCCUCUUUUGAGAAAAUCUACAUUUAAAAAGUUAUUUAGAUAAAGCCUAGUUCAUUGAAAUAGAUGAAUUGUCUAGCAAAUUUUACUUAAUGUGUUUCUCUGCCACAUCUAGAUAAUAUGUCAUUGCAUACUCAUAUAACAGAUGUGCAUAUAGAUGUAUGAUGUUGCACCAUCAUUUCCAUCUUGCCAUUAUUUUUAGGUAGCUAGGCUCUUCGUCCAGGGUUGAUGGUUCUUCAUGUCAGGAAAAACUUCGGGGAAGUAUAAUUGCUUUGUGGUUGGGCAAAAAAGCGCUUGGACCAUGUUCCCAUACUCAACUAGUAGAUGACCUUGUAGUUGGUGGCGAGCAAGGAUGAUUGUAUUUCUUAUUA